UUUUGGCACAUCUGAUAAAAUAUUUUGUCGUUUUCACCCGCGAGCGUAUUCGUGUAAACAGGGCCAUAGUGAGAACUAGAGAGCUAUCUUGUCACUGUGUUCUCUGUGCCUUUAAGGCGUACUCUGACGUUUCUAGUAUAGUCGAAUACAAUUGGCUGGCUGACAUCCGCAUGUUUUUUUUGUAGGGAAGCAUGGCAGGAGAACCGUGGAACAGGGUAAACAUUGCUUUUCCCGGUGCGGUUUCUAGUGUCCGUAUACAUUUCAGCUCAUCUACAGAUGAACGUGUGAAAGCCCUGACUGUGGAAAAUGACAAGGUGCUUAGGCUAAUUCGGAGUGAGAUUCUUCAGACCGAGGUACGAGUUCUCUACGAGCUGCUGUACUUCCUAAGUAACAGCUCCAGAGGCAACAAGACGUUCAAAGGUUUAAAGCAGGUUGAACAAUGCAUAAACAGGCUGAAGAGCAUGAAGCUUGAUUUUGCUCUUCAGGAGCUGACCGAGCUGUGUCCCAAAAGAAUUCAAAGAGGACUGAGCAUUAAGGCUGGUGAGUGUGAUGUCCCCAGUCAACCCAUGCUGGAGUGGCUCUGUCUCAAAGUGCUUGGAGCCGCCCAGCUGAUGAUCUGCACAUUGAAUCGCUGCAGCAGAGCUUUCACACUGUCGAAGCAGCAGAUGAAAUGGGAGGAGUUUAUUAUCUUGAAUGUGGUGAUAACCAGCAUGGUCAGUCGUCUCUGGGUGAUUGCCCGUGGUAUCCUGGUCAGCCUGUCCACUCUGUAUCAGCAGCUCCUGGAGCUCCUCAGAGAAGUAACCAAUGCCCAGCCCAUGCCCUUCCUCACAGACUUCUCCCUGCCGGCAGAUAUGGCUCAGUUCCUGUCUCCUUCUGAUGCCCGUUUACUGACCAAAAAGCCAGCACGCGGUCCCCUUGCCAGAGGUCACAGGUAUAAGCAGCAGGGGAAGAAGAAAUCUUCUGUUGAAGUGAAAAACCAGGGAGAGACAAGGGAGGUUAAAGAAGACCUGGGUGUUGCUGUUGAAAGAGUUAUCAGUCUUGACACUGACAUGAAGCCUUUUCUCAAGGUUUUCAGGGACUUCUCUGAGAAAACACACAAGGCCGACAGGAAACGGAGGUUCAAGAAACAAGUGAGAGAGGCUACUACUUUCACAGACAUGGCGGCCCAUCUGGAAGAAAUGAUCCCAUGGUGCAAGUCCCAGAAGAUGGAAAAGGAAAAACGUCUUCUAAGCUUCUUGCAUUUAAAGUGCCAAAGGAUGAAAUGCUUAGAGGCAGCAGGUUACAACGUCCAGAGGAGGUUGCGGACCUUCAGACAGGAAGCUCGCUGGGCUUCAUCUCCUCACGGCUCGGUGCCGACAACCUGCCGGGCUUCUGCUGCAACCAGGAGACCUGCUCGCCUGACAACUCGUUUGCAGACGCUCAGAAGUCGAUUUAAGUCUUCAACGGGUGUGAAAAAGAAACCGCUGAAGAGACAAAGGGAGAGGACGGAGUUAUCAGAGUCCGGAGUGUCAGGGGACGACCUAAGAACCCGGACUACAAACGAGGUGACAUCAUCUCAGACCACCGACUGGGACCGCCAGGUUGACAUAGAUGAUAUAUUUGCCUCUGUAGGUUUGUGACACUUUGGAAUUGAACACAUCCAACGAAACAACUUACUGAAUGUAGCUGAGCUCAGUAUUUGAUAGAUUCCUCGGUUUUGAAAGGACAUUUGAUGGUUGGUCAUUGAAUUAAUGAAUUAAUUAAUGAAGUGCUAAACAGCAGCAGUUAAUUUGAAAGCCUGUAUUGGCUAGGCAGACUGAUCUCAUAAAGUGGCGUAUGUAUGACACUUGUUAUCGUGUCAUCAAGACGCAUAAUUGCUUUUUAUCGUGUUUAUCAACGCCGUUCGGCUGCCGUUGACCUACAUUACGUGUGAAUUAGUAUGAGUAGUAGCGUUUAGCAUGAAGGGAUGUUGGUUGGGGUGGCGGAUGGGUAAAACACAGGACUUAAAUCCAGGAGAACUGGGAUCGCGUUUUUUUAAGACUUCCCCAAUGUUUCUUUCCUAAACCCAACCGUAUUG